AUGGACGCCGCUUCUUCUUUUUCUUCUUCUGACAUCACCACUCUCCACCCUGACAUCAUUCGAUCCCACAUCCUUAAUCGCCUCGACGGCCCCACCCUCGCCUCCGCAUCCUCCGCCACCCUCCACCUCCGCCGUCUCUGCACCGAUCACAACCUCUGGCGGACCAUCUGCGCCGCCUCCUGGCCCUCUCUCAACCAACCCCACGCCUCUUCCCUCAUCGAUACCUUCCCCGCUGCCCACCGCUCUGUCUUUUCCGACUCUUUUCCCUCCAUCCAAUACUCCCCUCCUCCCCACCCGAACCCACCGCAGUUGCCGCCGGAGUUUCUAUCCGUCGUGGACCUCUACUACAAGGGCAAACCCGUCUUUUCGCGUGUCAUCACGACCGAAACCCACAAGGGUUGGUUCCUCUCCUCCCCGCUCUGGGUGGAGCUCCUCGACCCCAACGAGGUGGUCCCCACUCCCUUGAUAUUCGCGAAGUGCGAUGAGGAAUCUUCUGUGCCGAUGCCUCGGUCGGUUACUUUGGCUAACGAUGGAUUCGUCUAUGGUCAACCCUAUGGAGAAGAUAGUUUUUAUUUUAUUUGUUCAGUUUUUUGGAACAUUAUUUUAUUUGUUCAGUUUUUUGGAACAGAGAAAACAGUGAGAAAAAAGAUUUAUGAAUAA